CGUUACAUACUGAUUGACACACUGUAGUAGAACACCACAGCCCAACAGUGUGGCUGGUUUCAGGGUGAAGACCAAGGUGGCGCCAGAUAAUUUCCGCUCAAGCCAGAGACCGAGCCGGUGGUGUUGGUUGUGGAACUGUAGAAAUGCUGCCGCUCAGCCAAGUGUUUACGCGUUCCGUGUGGUGUGUUGUUGGGAUGGCGUUCGUUACGCUCGGUGCGCUAGACGUGCGCGAGGGCUCCUCCUGCACGCAGCUGGACUUUGAUGAGGCAACAGUGUCCUCACUGCGCAAGUGUGAAUACAUGCAGGAGUUUGUUGCGAAGCGGUACGACGAGUCGGACCAUUUCGAACCGUACCGGUCGGACGCGGUGUAUUAUCUGUCCCAUCGCUGGCAGGGACUAACGUGCGGGGAAACUGUGAAUACGUACGCGUUCAAUGCCGAAACGGAGCUGCGCAUGGCUUACAAUCUUGUGUUUGAUAGUGGCGCCAUGCUCGAGGUGCGCGUGUAUGACGAGGAGCAUACGGAUCCAGACAACAAGCCGACGCUGGUGGAGUACUGGAGCACUAAGGUUUCGACCGAUGGAUGGGGAUACUUUCGCGAGAAGCUUAACAAAACGGUGAAACAAGCUCGGAUUCAAAUUGAAGCCAACAUCAACGCCGGAAGCGACUUGGCUAUUGAGUAUCUGACCAUAUUUAACUACGAGGUAGAAACGGAAGAGUGUAGUACGAUUGAUGAGUUCUCAACGACAACUGGCGUGCCGUCGUCAACUACAAGCACAAUGCCAGAUACAACAACCACUCAACAACCUGACACAACUACACCGGUCCAGACAACGACGUCCGCUGCAUUAUCAACUGAUGACGUCGAAGCAGCAACCACAACUACAACGGAAGUCAGCGAAGAGCUGACGACAAGCUCGUUAGAACAAACAACUACAACGACUGUUGCUACUACUACUACCACCACAGUUGAACCAACAACAACCACCACCAAUAAUCCGCGUGAUGACAGCUCCUUGCAACCGACCUCCAGCACCACUGAACAACACGACAGCAACUCGCCAACAACUUCCAGCGCACAGACGACGGGCAGCACAACAACGACGACGUACUUCGCCACUACACAAAACCCUCCUGCUAGCUACGAAACAAUCAGCCCGAAACAGUGGCUCUGGAUUACGUUGACAGCACUGUUUGCGGUACUGUUCGUGCUGGCUGCCAGUGCUGCCCUCUAUCUGUGCUUCAUGAACCAACACCUGGAGCGGAUCAGCAACCGCCUGCUAGAUGAAAUGGGUCGCCAUCCUUACAAGAAGUGAUUCACAACAAAGCAUUGGAGGUGCUGCGUUGCGCGUAUCUCUUAUCGGAUCUGAUAGACUGUGUCUAGGUUAAGGAAGAUGUGGAUGAGUUUGAAUAAAAAGUUUAAAUAACAAAAGUA